CGACUUUUGAUAAACUUGCGAAACAACCAUAAAUAUCUUGUAAGAACUCUUAUUUACAAGGAAAAGGAAACUAAAUAACUGACACUCCUCUAACAUGUCUUUCUAUUCUAUUACUAAAACACGACAAACCUCAACAACACUUUCAUCACUCUUGAACCUUUUCACUGUUUCUCCGUCCUCCUAUCACUCAUUAGCCACCCAACAAUUCGAUUCAUGUUCUCCGUCACAAACCAGCUACGGUUAUGCUUCACUACUCCAAUCUUGUAUCGAUUCCAAGGCGUUAAACCCAGGGAAACAGCUCCAUGCUCAUUUGUGUCAUCUGGGUAUUGCUUACAGUGAAGACUUGGCCACUAAACUUGUCCAUCUUUACGCGGUUUCCAAUUCUCUUCCAAAUGCACAUAAACUGUUCGACAAAAUUCCUAAAGGGAAUUUGUUUUUGUGGAAUGUUUUGAUUCGGGGUUAUGCAUGGAAUGGACCCCAUGAUACUGCUAUUUUGUUAUACCAUGAGAUGCUUGAUUAUGGGCUCAAGCCUGAUAAUUUUACUUUACCGUUUGUUCUUAAAGCUUGCUCAGCACUUUCUGCAAUUGGAGAGGGAAGAGGCAUCCACGAGUAUGUGAUAAAAAAUGGGUGGGAGAGGGAUGUUUUUGUUGGUGCAGCUCUUAUUGACAUGUAUGCGAAAUGUGGUUGUGUAAUGGAUGCCCGUCACGUGUUUAAUAACAUUGUUGAGAGAGAUGCUGUGUUGUGGAACUCUAUGCUUGCAACUUAUGCUCAAAAUGGACACCCUGAUGAAUCGCUUUCUCUUUGCCGUGAGAUGGCGGCAGAGGGUGUGAAACCUACCGAGGCGACUCUUGUGACUGUCAUUUCAUCUUCGGCUGAUAUUGCAUGUCUCCCUUAUGGUAGGGAAAUCCAUGGAUUUGGUUGGAAACAUGGAUUUCAGUCCAAUGAUAAGGUUAAAACCGCUUUGAUUGAUAUGUAUGCAAAAUGUGGUUCUGUGAAGGUUGCAUGUGCUUUGUUUGAGCGGCUUUGGGAGAGAAGGGUUGUUUCCUGGAAUGCAAUUAUUACUGGUUAUGCAAUGCACGGUCUUGCUGUUGAAGCUUUGGACUUGUUUGAAAAAAUGAGGAAGGAGGCUCGUCCAGAUCAUAUAACCUUUGUUGGUGUUCUUGCGGCUUGCAGUCGAGGGCGUUUGUUGGAUGAAGGACGGGCCUUGUACAACUCGAUGGUGAGGGAUUAUGGUAUCAAUCCUACAGUUCAACAUUACACAUGCAUGGUUGAUCUUCUUGGUCACUGUGGUCAACUGGAUGAAGCCUAUGAUCUUAUAAGACAUAUGAGUGUUAAGCCAGAUUCUGGUGUAUGGGGUGCUUUGCUGAAUUCAUGCAAAAUCCACGGAAACGUGGAGUUGGCUGAGUUAGCUUUAGAGAAACUAAUUGAGCUUGAGCCAGAUGAUUCUGGCAAUUAUGUGAUUUUGGCUAAUAUGUAUGCUCAAUCAGGCAAGUGGGAAGGAGUGGAAAAAUUGAGACAGUUAAUGAUUGACAAGGGAAUAAAGAAAAACAUUGCUUGUAGUUGGAUUGAAGUAAAGAACAAAGUGUAUGCAUUUCUUGCAGGAGAUGUUUCACACUCAAAUUCUGAUGCAAUAUAUGCAGAGUUGAAGAGGUUAGAAGGACUAAUGCAUGAAGCUGGAUAUGCUCCAGAUACAGGAUCUGUUUUCCAUGAUGUGGAGGAAGAUGAAAAAACAAGUAUGGUGUGCAGUCACAGUGAAAGACUAGCUAUUGCUUUUGGACUCAUAAGUACAUCACCAGGAACCCGACUUUUGAUAACAAAGAAUCUCCGAGUUUGUGAGGACUGUCAUGUCGCUAUUAAGUUCAUCUCAAAGAUUACAGAGAGGGAAAUUACUGUAAGAGAUGUUAAUCGAUAUCAUCAUUUUAAACAUGGCAUGUGUUUGUGUGGUGAUCACUGGUGAUGAGGAUGCAACUUAGUUGAGAAAACUGUCCAAAACAACAGUCUCUUACAUAGGAGUUUUGUCCAAAAUAAUUGAGUUCAUUCAUACAUGAAACUAGUGUUCAUGUUUAUACCAUAGUUCUCUUUUAUUAUGAGCUGAUGGGAAAGUGAAAAUUCAAGGUAAUGACGGGUUUUUAAUUAUUUUUACUCCAGAUGAAGGUUAUGGUCAGAGACUCAGCUUGUGUUACAAUGACGAUCAUUAAGCCAUUCUUGCAAGAGAAAUGGUACAAAAUUGAGCAUUGGUUUCUAGAAAUUACAUGUGGCAUUGUAUCAUUGAAAUCAAGGGCAGUGUAAUGCUAAAUGGUGCAAAAAAAAUUGAGAAUGGAUAUCAUAGCAAUUACAUGUGGCAUUGUACACUGAAAUAAUAAUGAUGGUGUAUUGUCUAUCUUUCUAUUAAAAUAAAUUACAACCAAAUUUCUUAA